CGAGACUCUCCUCCCAAUUCCCCUCCCAUUUGCUCAGCCUUCUUCUGCAGACGAGUUUGAAAUUCAUCUUGUUCAAUCAAAUCGUCCUCCUCCUUUCUCUCUCGCCAAGCACAAAGCUUCUCUGCGUUCGUGUUGCAGUUGCAGCCCUGUAUUGUUGAUUGUCUGGUCAGUUCCUCUCCGAUCCAGAGGCAAAGCAAAAGCCGCCAUGGCUCUCACGCUGCGUUCCUCGACGUCGUUCCUGUCGCCCCUGGACCCCACCUCCAAGCUCCUCCACAAGCCCGCCGACGAGGCGCCGCCCUGCUGCGUCGCCAUGCCCCCUGCGCCGCCCAGCCGCAGGCCGCGCGCGCUCAGGGCGUCCGUGGCCGCGGCCGCUGCCGCGGCGCACUCCCCGGCGGCGGCGACGGACCGCGCGCCGGCGGAGGAGCUGCUGCACGGCGGCGGCGGCGCGGGCCAGCAGCACGGGCUGCCGCGCGGCGGGGUGCCGGUGUACGUGAUGCUGCCGCUGGACACGGUGGGGCCCGGCGGCCAGCUGUCGCGGCAGCGCGCCGUGGCGGCCAGUCUCAUGGCGCUGCGGGGCGCCGGGGUGGAGGGCGUCAUGGUGGACGUGUGGUGGGGCGUCGUGGAGCGGGACGGCCCUGGGCGCUACGACUGGGAGGCCUACGCCGAGCUCGUGCGCAUGGUGGAGCGCGCCGGCCUCCGACUCCAGGCCGUCAUGUCCUUCCACCAGUGCGGUGGCAACGUCGGCGACACCUGCAACAUCCCGUUGCCGCCAUGGGUGCUGGAGGAGAUGAGCAGCAACCCGGACAUCGUGUACACGGACAGGUCCGGUCGCCGGAACCCUGAGUACAUCUCCCUCGGCUGCGACUCGCUGCCGGUGCUCAAGGGUCGGACCCCCAUCCAGGUCUACACCGACUACAUGCGCAGCUUCCGCGAGAGGUUCCGUGACUACCUCGGCAAUGUCAUCGCGGAGAUCCAAGUGGGCAUGGGUCCUUGUGGAGAGCUGAGGUAUCCUUCAUACCCUGAGGCCAACGGAACCUGGCGUUUCCCGGGCAUUGGCGAGUUCCAAUGCUAUGACAAGUACAUGCGGGCAUCGCUGGAAGCCGCGGCAGUGGCGGCCGGCCACGAGGAGUGGGGGAGGGGUGGACCGCACGACGCCGGCGAGUACAAGCAGAUGCCUGACGACACAGGCUUCUUCCGGCGCGACGGUACGUGGAGCACCGAGUACGGGCAUUUCUUCCUGGAGUGGUACUCGGGCAUGCUCCUGGAGCACGGUGACCGCGUCCUGGCCGCGGCCGAGGCCGUGUUCGGCGGCACGGGCGCAACGCUCUCCGCCAAGGUCGCCGGCAUCCACUGGCACUACCGGACCCGGUCCCACGCGGCGGAGCUCACGGCCGGGUACUACAACACGCGGGACCGCGACGGGUACAUGCCGAUCGCGCGCAUGCUGGCCAAGCGCGGCGCCGUGCUCAACUUCACGUGCAUGGAGAUGAAGGACGAGCAGCAGCCGCAGCACGCCAGCUGCUCCCCCGAGCUGCUGGUGCAGCAGGUCAAGGCCGCGGCCAGCAAAGCCGGGGUGGAGCUCGCCGGCGAGAACGCGCUGGAGCGGUACGACGAGGCGGCGUUCUCGCAGGUGACGUCGACGGCGCGCGGCGCGGGCCUGGCCGCGUUCACGUACCUGCGCAUGAACAAGACGCUCUUCGACGGCGACAACUGGCGGCAGUUCGUGUCCUUCGUCAGGGCCAUGGCCGACGGCGGCGCAAGGCCAGCGCUGCCGCGGUGCGACACGGGGCACUCGGACCUGUACGUCGGGUUCGUCGACGCCUCCAAGCAGAGGAAGGCGCCCGACGCCGAGAGCGCCACCGCCGCCGCGGCAGUGUAGGUGGAUGCCCAUGCGUGUGCGUGCACACAGACACAUGCGCCGUGCUGUUGUAUAUGUGUAGGGUACGUGCACCGGAGGAAGGGGAACUGUAUAGAUUCAGUCAGGGCCUUGCAGGUUGCAGAGUUUUAUAGGCUGUAAUCGAGCAGGUAGGUAAGGAGGCAGGCAUGUCAGAACUUAGGCUGUCAUCAGUUUAUUUGUUCCAUUUCGAACUGUAUCAUAAGGAGCAGCUUGGUGACUGUUCACUGUCAUGAAGGAAAAUAGAAAUGCCAUUUACUACAAGUAA